UGGUGGCUUAGAGGUGAAUUACCAGAGUCACUCGCAGGAAAGAUUGGAGUAGACUUAGUCUAUGAAAUCGAAUCCAAUCAAAUCAAAAAGAGAGGUAAUAGAACUGUGAAUUAUCGUGAUUAUUAUGUUUUGUUUUAUGACUUAUCUCAGAUCAUUUUUGAAUUAGAAUACGAGUCAGAAGAUCCAAGAUCAACUAUUCACUUUGUUAGACGUUUUACCAAGCCAAUUCCUAUUAUUCGUAAGGAUUUGUUGGAUAAAUAUCACAGAGCCUUCGCUAAUGCAAUUGUCUCUAAGGCAUCUACAUUGAUUGGUACCAAGAUUGCUGAUAAUGUUGUCUCUGUGGUCUUGGAAGGACUAGGCAAGACUGAAAUUGUUAAACCUAUCGGAUAUAAAUCCUUUGGUGUGACCAUUUACAAGAAUAUUAACAACACCAAUGUUGCUAAAAUUGAUGAAAUCAAGGCAGGUGAUGUUUUAUGGAUUAGAAAUGGUAAAUUUGCCACCCAAAAGGGACUUUUGGGUAACAAGAGCACAGUCUUGGGAGAAGGCAACAACCCCCAAGAUAGCUACACCAGUAUAAUCUAUGAGUUUGAUCCAAAGAAGGAAAAGUUUAAGGUUAUCGAACUGGACUCAGCUGGUCAUGUGAAGAAGGAAAGCUAUAAAAUUGGAGACUUGAAAAGUGGAAGAAUCCGUGUGUUUAGAGUUGUCGGUAAGGGUUAUGUUGAUUGGUAA